AUGGAGAGAUUCAUUCAAACAACGGCAUUUAAAAAGCAAGCAGAAGUAUUAAAAGAAUUUGACAAGGCAUUAGAAGAGUGUGAAAAAGAAACGUUUAAAGAGAUAGAUACAAAAUUUAAUUUUUGUAAAUACCAAGAAGAAGUGUCCAAAGAACAUCCAGUUGAGGAUUUAACUCAAAUGUACAAUGAAAUUAAAUCGUUGAUUAAUUCAAAAGAAAUUGCAAUGCAAGAAGUAAGAAAACAAUUAACAGAAAUGGCAUUAGCUUUCCAAAAUUUAAAAGAGAACCUGAAUAAAGAGUUUGAAGAUUCACUUGAAAUGAAAGAAUGUUUAAAUUAUGUUGUAGAAAGAAUUGUUGAUGCAACUGAAGGAACAGUUGAUGACCAAACAUUUGUUCAAAAGAAAAAAGAAAUUAGAGAAAUGAAACAAGAAUUGCCUGAAGGAUAUUUACCUAAAAGGAUAUUUAAAUCAACUUGUAAACAUAUUGUAGAAGUAUCAGGAACAUCAUUUAAUUUAAAGUAUAUUCAAGAAUGGACAGGACAUAAGAACCAUAAUAUAAUUUUCGAUUCAGAUAAAGAUGGAAUACAAAGUGAAACAUUUAACAAUUGUCUUCUUAAUAAAAAGAAUAUUGGAAUUAUUUAUAUUGAUAAAAAAGAUAAUGUAUUUGGUUAUUAUUCUCCUCUUGGAAUAACAAAAAUUGGAGAUUAUAAUUAUGAUAAUAAUCACUUUAUUUUCUCUUUAAAACGUGAACAAUUUGAAACUGGAAAACAAUUCUUUGCUAAAGACAAUGUAAAGUGUGGUAUUUUAUUAAGAGAAGAGGAUGAUAUUCUUUCUUGGUUAGGUAAUAGUGAUUUUGGUUUUGCUUGUUAUAAACCAGGAAAAGAUGAAUCUUUUUUUAGAAAAUUAUCAUUAGUCUAUAAUGAUAUUGAUGAUGUUUAUUUAAAUGAUACUAAUUAUCCUAUUGAAUUUGGUGUUAAGAGAAUUGUUGUUAUGCAAUUCAUUAAUUAA